AGCCAAUUGUACCUGCAGAGGCAUUUUCUCCUCCACCAGUCAGGAAUCAAAUGCCAAUCUAACGCAAACGGAAGUGAAAGGAAAAAAGGAGCCCGACAAAAAUACAACAACAGUAGAGGGCGCACUCACAACAGUUAACGGAGAGCACACACUGCCUGCGGGAAUAGCGGAAGGAAAUCUUCCACCACCUACAGAAGACAGUGUUGAUUCCCGCGAACAGGAUGGCGAAGACGCCACGAGUGAAGGUAAAAAAAAUGCUUCGUCGCCUGAGACCGCGGCCACACCACAAAGAGACCGAGAAAAAGGCUCAGAAGGAACUGGAGGAGAUACAAAAGCAACGACAGUAACCGCCAACACAACUGAUACGACGAGCACACAAAACAGUGACGGCAGCACCGCGGUCCCCCACACCACCUCCCCUCUUUUGCUUCUUCUUGUCGCGGCUGCGGCUGCGGUGGUGGCCGCGUGA